GUAUUGAAGUAUGUGCAACUCAAAGCACUACAUAAACUUGGAGAGCAGAGAUAUUUCUAGUAUUGUAAGAAAUGGACUUUAACGGUGACUAUUACUACAAACUUAAUCGUAUUUUUUUGUCAACUAUUGGCUUAUGGCCGCAUCGCUACAUUACGUUGAGGCAAAUCCAAUGCGUCGUAUCGUCGUUUAUUCUAAUAUCAGUAACAUUUUUUCAGUUACUAAGAUUGAUUACGACGAAAUAUGAUGUGGAUCUCGUUUUAAGAGUUUUAUCAUCCGCUUUGCCAUUCAUGUUAUUUACUGUAAAAUAUAUCACUUUUUAUUUUGUCACAGAAAAUAUAAAGGAAUUAAUGCAACAAAUUCACAAUGAUUGGAACGCUUUGAAAGAUAAUAACGAGCUUAAAAUAAUCCAUCGAUAUGCAAAAGCGGCAAGACUAUUCACUACAAGUCUAGCAAUCUUGAUUUAUGUGUGUAUACUCAUGGUUAUCUGCAUUCAGUAUGUGCCAAUCUUUCUUGACAUCAUAAUGCCAUUAAAUAAAUCUCGACAAACCGAGUUAUUAUUUCAAGUUGAAUAUUUUCUCGAUCAGGAGAAAUAUUUCCACACGAUUCAAUUUCAUUUAGAUGUAGGACUUAUCGUCGCUGCGAUGACAAUCCUGUCUACUGAAUCAUUUUGUUUAACACUUGCCAUACACGCAUUUGGAAUGUUUAAAAUAACUAGUUAUCGCAUGGAACGUAUAAUCGAUAAAAGUGCGCCGAAUACAUUCGUGGAAAAGUAUUACGUCUUUCACAACAAUAUAGUAACUGCUGUAAAUGGUCACAGAAGAGCAAUUGAAUUUUCCGAAAUUGUCAAAUCAACUUUUGCGAUACCUUAUUUGGCUUUAAUAUUGCUUGGAGUGACUUCAUCGAGCGUGAAUCUAUUUCUGCUCUUCCAAGUAAUAAUGUCAUCGACCACAAUGGAUGAUUUAAUAAGAUGUAUCAUAUUUGUCUUCUGCCAUUUUAUUUAUAUGUUCUCAACUAAUUACGCUGGUCAAAAAUUUAUCGAUCACGACGCUGAUAUCUACAAAAAGAUAUGCAAUAUACAAUGGUACGAUGCGCCUUUGAGAACACAGAAACAAAUAUUAUUUAUCAUACAGAAAACCAUAAAAAGUUAUCACAUAGAUAUCGGUGGCUUGUACAGUCCAUCAUUAGAAGGUUUCACAAUGCUUGCAAGUACGUCACUCUCUUAUUUUACUGUUCUCUGUUCAAUACAGAAAUAAUAAGUUAUCACAAU